UUACAAAUUAGAGGGGUAGUGGAGGGAAGGAGGGGAGACCUCCAGUGUCCCUGAUGCCCUCACCUACAAGAUGUGCAGCUUGUAACCCAGCACUUCAAUGAGCUGCAACUUGAAAUGGGUGAAUUCCAGGUCAUCCAGCAGUUGGAGGAGGUGAUAGAUAUGACACGAAGAGAGGUUAAAAAUGAGAAGGAAUUCGUCUUCAGGAAGCUCAAACACGGCACAACAGUUUUGUUGUCUCUGCCUAGAUAUUUAAGAAGUGGAGCAAGGGAUCCAAUUGACCACCCUUCCUGCUCAGACUGUGGGGAGGGAUCCUCUCGGUCAUUUGACCAACUGGCACGCCUGUAAUUUACACAGGAGAAAGGCCUUUCACCUGCUCAGACAGUGGGAAUGGAUUCACCCGGUCAUCGCAACUGAAGGUACAUCAGCAAGUUCACACUGGACAAGGCCAUUCACCUGUUCUGUGUGUGAGAAGGGAUUCAGUCGGUCUUCCCACCUGUGGACACACCAAUCAGUUCACACCACACCGGGCAGAGGCUGGUCAACUGCUGAAUUUCUGGGAAAAGGAUUCACUCAGUCAUCUGACCUGAUGGCUCACCAGCGAGUUCACACUGGGGAGAAGCCGUUCACCUGCUCAGAGUGUGGGAAAGGAUUUACACAGUCAUCUACCCUACUGGUACAUCAGCGAGUUCACACUGGAGAGAAGCCGUUCACCUGCUCAGUCUGUGAGAAGGGAUUCACUCAGUUAGCUACCCUACAGAGACACCAGCGAGUUCACACUGGGGAGAAUCUGUUCACCUGCUCAGUCUGUGAGAAGGGAUUCACUCAGUUAGCUACCCUACAGAGUCACCAGCGAGUUCACACUGGGGAGAAGCCGUUCACCUGUUCAGAAUGUGGGAAGAGAUUUAAUCAGUCAUCUAACCUACUGGUACACCAGCGAGUUCACACUGGGGAGAAGCCGUUCACCUGCUCAGAGUGUGGGAAAGGAUUUACACAGUCAUCUGCCCUACUGGUACAUCAGCGAGUUCACACUGGGGAGAAGCCGUUCACCUGCUCAGUCUGUGGGAAGGGAUUCUCUGACUCUUCCACCCUUCUGAUUCAUCAGCGAGUUCACACUGGGGAGAGGCCGUUCAGCUGCUCCGAAUGUGGGAAGGGAUUCACUCAGUCAUCCCACCUCCGGAGUCACCAGCGAGUUCACUCCGAGGCGAAGCCAUUCACCUGCUCAAUUUGUGGAAAGGGAUUCACUCAGUCAUCUACCCUGCUGGUACAUCAGCAAGUUCACACUGGGGAGAAGCCGUUCACCUGCUCAGUCUGAGGGAAGGGAUUCACUCAGACAUUCACCCUACAGAGACAUCAACGAGUUCACACU